AUGAAAAAAGGACCAGAAAGCAGAACUUGUCCCCUUGACGCUCCAGGGAGCUUAGUGGAGUCAAGCCCAGACACUAACAGCAGCGGUGGAGCCUCAGCGAAGGAGGAAGACAUGGUCUCCUCUUCUGGAGAACUGGACUACGUACAGCUGAAACCCAGCAGAGAAACUUCCAGGAAAAAACUCUGUGGCUAUUUAAAUAAGCUGGGCAUCAAGGGGCCAAUUAAAACCUGGAAGUCUCGCUGGUUCUUUUAUGAUGAAAACAAAUGUCAUUUACUGUACUACAGAACUGCACAGGACAUCAACCCUUUGGGGUCUAUCGACCUCUCCAGCGCCAGCUUUGACUGCAAAGUGGAAAAUGGGGAAGGGGUUUUUGAGAUUAGAACACCAAGCAGAAUUUUUACUUUGAAGGCAAUCAGCAAGCAGGCAAUGAUGUACUGGCUGCAGCAGCUACAAAUGAGACGUUGGGAAUUUUGCAACACUCAGAGCAGAUUUCCUGUGGGCAGCUCCCAGCUUGUGAAUGAGCCUCUGGUUGUCAGAACAAAUGUUGUUGACAAUGAAGACUUUCUGCCUCCGGUGAAAACACCAACAGAAGCAGUGGGUUUAAAGGCAGCAUCCUUGCCUGCACCCCAAACAUCAACUGCUUUGCAGAACAUCUCCCUUAAACACCCUUGGACAGAGAUACAAAACACUGUCUACAAUAUCUGUGGCUCCAAGCAGCUCUGGGGGAACAAUGGGAAUGUCUUUAACUUCAGUGAAUUCCAGGAGCAUCCUGAGAACCCGAAUGAGGAGCAACAGGGAGAAGGGGAGGCAGCGUGUGCAGCUAAGGAGGGAACCCUGGAGGAUGAGAGGAUGGAGCCCAGGCUGAACUGGAUUAGGAAAGCCAAGUGGAUGAACAGUGGCUUCCCAGGCUUGCCUGAAGAACUGUCCCGUGAGAGGAAUGCAAUGGAUAAAGUGAGUGUCCUACAGCAGCAGAUCCUGACACUCACAGAGGAAGUCAAGUCACAGAAGGAGCUAGUUAAACUUCUCCACAAAGCUCUGGAGGCAGCCCAGCAGGAGAAGCGGGUAUCUAGCAUGUACCUCGCUGCAACACAAGAUAAGGAUAGGAUGGAGCUGGUGCGCCACAAAGUGAGACAAAUUGCAGAUCUCACAAGUCGUCUGGAAGCUCUUGAACAAGAGAAGAAGGAGAUGGAGCAGACACUGGCUUUGAGAGACAGCCACAUCCAGGAACUCAAGGAGCACGUGCAGCUUCUGAUGGAGAAGAACCAUGCCAAACAGGAAGUCAUCAUGGCCUUGACAGAGCAGAUGUCCCGGGAGUUAUCUGACCCCCUGCAAGAAGCCAACACUAUCACUACAGAGACACUAUAUAAGCAGCAGGAGGAGAUCGAGCACCUGAAGGAUGAUAUUGAUGCGUACAAAACCCAGAACCAGUUUCUGAACUCGGAGAUCCACCAGGUUACUAGACUCUGGACAAGGGUUGCUGAGAAUGAAAAAGCACUUCUGAUGAAGUGUGCCUGCCUGCAAGCACGAAACUGCCAGAUGGAGAGCAAAUACCUGACAGUCCUGCGAAAGCUGCAGGAGGCUGUGCCUGGCCUGACCAGCUCCCAUGCUGAGCUGGUGAGGAACCUCAUCCAGGAAGCGCUCCAGUGGGAUGUGAAGGAAGAAGCAGAAGAAGGUUUUAACCUGAACCCUGUAAGCGAGUACGACGAGUACGGGUUUAUGACCGUACCUGACUAUGAAGUUGAGGACUGGAAACUCCUGGCCAAAAUCCAGGCCCUGGAGAUUAAGUCCAACAACCUGCGGAGCCAGGAAGCAGUGGAGAAGCCCCUCCGUGACAAGUGGAACAGCGUUGGGGAGCUGAUGCCCUCUGGAGAGCUGAAGGCCCUGAUCCGGAGCGGCAUCCCGGCGGAGCACCGUCAGCGG